GACAGUUUUGUGUUGUGUUUCGCGUUUGUUUGUUGCUGUGCCGCACAAAGAGACUAUUUUGAAAAUAUUUGUUUGCUGUCGCUUUGUUCUGCGUAGUUCAAUUUGAACUGAUUAAAAAGUGAUUCUAUAUUAAUAAAAUUUUAAAAAUGUCAGGUUGUGAUUCUCAAAAAGCAGAAAGCUCUAAAGAUAACAUUUCUACCAAUUCGAUCGACGAGGGUUUGCCGAGAGAACUGAGCCAGUUGAGCCUUUCAAGUGCAUCGAGUCAAGAUGAGUUUUAUUGUGAUAAAGGCCAUUCUGAAAUAACACUUAAAAACUUGUUCCAAUAUUUUCAAUCUCAAAAAUUAUGUGACGUCGCACUAAUUGCUGGAGGAUGCAGGAUUCCAGCCCACAAAGUAAUGUUAGCAUCAUGCAGUGAGUACUUUGCUGCUAUGUUCACUGGAUCAUUACGAGAAUCACAGUUAACAGAAAUAACUCUGGAGCGGGUUGAUUCACAGGCUCUCCAGGCUCUUGUGCGGUACUGCUAUACUGGAACUAUAGAACUAAGGGAAGAGACAGUAGAAGUACUUUUGUCUACAGCAAGCUUGCUGCAGCUAAAUACAGUCACAGAUGCUUGUUGUGCUUUCCUAAAGAAGCAGCUUGAUCCAUGUAACUGUUUAGGGAUAGCUUUGUUCGCUGAGCAGCAGUCUUGUAUGACUUUACACAAGAGUGCUUUGGAGUAUACUUAUCAGCAUUUCAUGCAGGUGGUGAAGCAUCAAGAGUUCUUAUCUCUGCAAAUGGAUCAGCUUGCAAGUUUGCUCAAGUCCGAUGACCUCAACGUGAUAACAGAGGAGAAUGUUUUUGAAAGUCUGAUGACAUGGGUGCAACAUGACAGUGCCAACAGAGAACAAUAUUUGCCAACUUUACUGAAGCUUAUUAAGUUACCAUUACUUUCUUCUGAGUACUUAAUCGAUAAAGUGGAACUAGCAUGUGGUAAUGUCCCAGAGUGCCAACCCUUGAUAAUGGAAGCUGUCAAGUGGCAUCUUCUCCCCGAAAGACGCUCAUUGCUUUUCUCGCACAGAACCAGGCCAAGGACAUCAACAAUUGGACGAUUGUUAGCUAUCGGAGGCAUGGAUGGUUAUAAGGGUGCAAGCAAUAUGGAAAUGUAUGACCCCAGAACCAACACAUGGACUCCAUUUAUGAGGAUGGGCGCAAGGAGGCUACAAUUUGGCGUAGCAGUGCUGCAAAAUAAACUUAUUGUUGUUGGAGGCAGAGACGGUUUAAAGACUUUAAAUACGGUGGAAUGUUUUGAUAUGACGUCAUUAAGUUGGAGUACACUGGCGCCGAUGAAUACACACCGACAUGGAUUAGGAGUUGCAGUUUUAGGAGAUGGGCCUAAUUCGCCUAUUUACGCAGUCGGCGGGCACGAUGGCUGGAUAUAUUUAAAUUCAGUGGAAAGAUGGGACGCAUGUUCUCGCACGUGGACCAUAGUUUCGCCGAUGACGGGUGCGCGGAGCACUUGCGGCGUGGCGGCACUUCGCGGACGACUGUACGCGGUGGGCGGCCGCGACGGCGGAGCUUGCCUGCGCUCCGUCGAGUGCUACGAUCCCACCACCAACCACUGGACCAACUGCGCUGCUAUGACGCGUCGCCGUGGGGGAGUCAGCGUGUGCGCGGCGGGCAGCUACUUGUACGCGCUGGGCGGGCACGAGGCGCCGGCGAACACGGUGGGCGGGCGGCUGGCGUGCGUGGAGCGCUACGACCCCGCCGCCGACUCGUGGCUGCUGCUGGCGCGCCUGUCCUACGGCCGCGACGCCAUCGGCUCCUGCCUGCUCGGCGACCGCAUCGUCGCCGUCGGUGGCUAUGAUGGAGUGCAGUACCUGUGCGUCGUCGAAGUGUACGACUCAGAGUCGAACUGCUGGCGCAAGCUCGCGCCUCUGAGCACGGGGCGCGCGGGCGCCGCCGUGGUGGCCGUGCCGCCGCCGCGCAACCUGUUCUGAUACCGCGGCCACUCGCUGCUCACCUACGUCAUCGCCUGAGGCGGCGACGCCGGGUGAGUGACGUCACAGGAGUCAUUGGACUGUACGCUCAGAGUCGGACUGCUGGCGCAAGCUCGCGCCUCUGAGCACGGGGCGCGCGGGCGCCGCCGUGGUGGCCGUGCCGCCGCCGCGCAACCUGUUCUGAUACCGCGGCCACUCGCUGCUCACCUACGUCAUCGCCUGAGGCGGCGCGACGCCGGUUCAGACGAGCGGUACAAAUUCGGUUGGAUGCAGCAUUCAACUACAUUCUCGGUAAUUGAUCUCAAUGUAUUUGAAAAUGUCCUAAAAUACCUGUGGUAGAAAUAAUACUAUAGAUUUUUAGUUCGUAAAUUUGUAUUGUAGAGACUGUUAGUUAUUUUGUGUAUUUACAUAUUGACACUCCUAGCUAUUAUGAUAACAUUGAAGGUGUGAAUUCAAAAAGCAAAUUUUUGCCCCAAAUCAAUGAAAUAAGUAAUUAUUUGAUCUAAAAUAUAUUUUUAUAAGAUAAUGGCUAUUGGACUUUAAAAAACUAUAAUUAAUUAAUACCAUCCAUAUUUAUUAUCGUUUUUACAUUAUACAAACUAUUAUGUUUUUGUGUAAAUUAUUACAUAGUAACCAUUGAUAUUUUAGCUUAAUAUCUUUUACUUUAAGUUUUGUACUUGUAGUUGACGACACAAAGUAUUACUUUCUUUUAUCAAUGUAACCAGUAUUAACUUACAUCCGAUUCCACUAUUACAUUCGUAUAAACUUUUUCGAAUACUUAGAUUUAUGUUUUAUACUUAACUUUCCUAUCAGCAAUCAUUCUUGAAUGAACUAUGUAUUUUCAGAACUAAAACGUGUUUUAAUAUUCUAGUAACACGUUGUUUUAAUAUUUUUACUUCAAUACAGUUCAAUAUUAAGUUAGCGACAUAAGAUUCUCAAUCUGUACUGUCAUUUUAUUGUCUCACCUACACGUAAUAAAUGUUAUAUUACCCGUUCGCGCUAAGUUUGCCGGUCCGUGGAAUGCGCGUCCCCUCCCCCAACCGCGAUUAAACGCAAUUAGUUAGUGAUUAAACGCAAAUAAGUGUUUU